AUGUUGCUGAGUGUCGGGUUUAAGCCUUCAUCGGUUUCGGCGGCUUUCAAGGUUGCCAUCCCCGAUGGCCUAGCUUUUUCCGCGAGGCAAGAUAUCGUGGCAGACAGCCUCGUUUACAGGGCGACAGAAUGGAAGGGGAUCUUUGCAGCUCUGAAAAUCCCAGAGAGAAUUACAGAAUCCUAUGCGGAAUUCCAAGAUCUGUUGACGUACAAGGUCAAUCAGUUGCUUACUGCGAAUGUAUUCUCCAAGCUGAUAAUGUUCUUUUCAUUCUCUGCUGCUCUGGUAUUUUUUGGUGCUUGGCUCUGUCUCGUCACAGGAGAAACCAAUUGGCGAUCAGCAUUGUUCAAGUCAUAUGCUUUGCUCAACAAUGCACCCGGAGUUUCUGUGGUUGACGAGGAGAAGCCUCAGUCUGCUUUCAUCGCCAACAUUCUCUUUGUGACGGGGUGUCUGACAUUUGCGGUCUUAUUGGGAACAAUUACAUCAGCCAUUGAGAUUGUGGAACGAGAUCACAUUGUGAUGUUGAACUGGAACGACAAAACUAUCCCAAUGCUUCGACAGAUCGAAGCAGCUGCUAGCGAUGGCCGAAUUCCUCUCAAGCCUGUCGUGAUCCUUGCAAGCAAAGAGAAGGAAGAAAUGGAUCAAGAGCUAGCUGAUCAACUCGAAAAGACCACAUUGCCCAUUUUCACGAGGAAAGGCAAUCCUGGGACUCUCCCGGACUUGCGCAUGGUUUCCGCUGGAGCCGCACAGCAUGUCCUGAUCUUGCCCGACGAGACAAAAGACGAGGCUGAUCUCAUCUCGCAAGCUGCCUGUCUGCAAGCUCUCCAGGCUGAUCGACAGCCUGGGAAGAAGAUCGGACCAAACAAGAACGACAUCAAGGUCGUCGUUGCAGAUUGCGAUCCAGAGGGAGAGAGAGACUUGGACGAGCUCAUGUUUGUCACCAAAAAUUCUUUCUCACGGCGAAUCAUGGCAGUGACAGCUCUCGAGCCGCGACUCGCAUCUGUGUACACCGACAUCCUCGACCAAUCGAAGGGGAGUGAAAUUUACCUGCGGUCAUCAGAGAUGUAUCCAUGGCUCCAAGGAAAAUCUUUCAAACAAAUGGGCGCUCAUUUCCCCGAUUCUGUAUUGCUGGGGUGGAUCACGAGCGAUGGAAAGGUUAUGAUGAACCCAUCAGGAAAUGAGAUUCUUCCGGAGAAGAGCAAGCUGGUGAUCCUGUCCAAGUGUAAACGACAAGAUCACUUGUUGGCGGCGAGCAGCGCAAACAAAGUUCGGAUGCGGCAUGGAGUCCAGCCGUCAGAGAUGUCGAACAAGCUCUUAGAGCAGACCCAAAGGCCCAAUCACGCCAAGUUCAAGCACAUUCAGGGAAGUUCAUUGAGCAAGUCAGAUGUGAAGAAGGCUCGUGUGCUUGCUGCUACCAAGAUUGUGCUCGAAGCGAGGAAGAGUCAGGGGCACACGAAACCCCUUCAGAUCAUCGCAGAGAUCCAGAACUCUCUCACCUGCAGCCUGGCAGAGAAGUUCGCUUUGAGCAACCCUGGCGUGCACAUCCAAUGCGUACAGACUUCCUACUUGGAAGCCGGAGCCUUUGUUCAGGUGCUGUGGAACCCAGAAGUGAAUUCAGUGUAUCAAGACUUCCUCGACGCCACAGGAUCGGAGAUCGUUGCUGUUGACGCCUCCUUCUUCGGACCCUCCGGCUCCAUCAGGCAAGAGCUCUGUCUGCGAGGAAGGGGAAGGGGAAGGGGAGGGAGGAUAGGAAGAAGAGAGAGGAGGAGAGGAGAGGCUGCUGUAGGGUUGACGAUGGAGGAAAGGACCUUCGGUCAAAUCUCCGAGCUUGCCAUGAGCAAGAAGGCUGUGGCGCUCGGGAUCUUGAGAAAGGACGGCAACGUCGACAUGAGCCCACAUCGAUCUGCUUCCUUUCGGCUCGAGGAAGGACUCAAGGUUGUCUUGUUCGCCGAUGGCGUCUGA